AUGGACAAGCAAGAGCAUGACAUUGUUGUUCAUUUUGACAACUCUAUUUUCACCAUUAAUCAGGUCGACCCUGAUAGGUAUUGUUGUAUGGAUAUGGUAACAGAUGUUGCAGAAGUUACUAAUGUUUUUAUGAGUGAUAGUUUAUCGAAUGUAAUAAUUGCUAUUACAGUUGAUAGGCUAAAUGAUAGUGGAAAACUUCCUAAAGUUGAUGACAACAAACCUAAUGCUGAAAAUGAUGACAAGGAUGCAAAUAGGCAUGAAGUUGAUGAUGUGGAUGAUGACUGGAUAGUUGAUGGUGAUGAUGCCCCCAAUGUUAGUUAUGAGUAUAAUGAUGAUACCAUCAACACACAAUUAGAUGAAAACAGUGACGAUGUGUUUUCAGAUUAUCAAUCAGGGGUGAAAGAUAUGUUAGUAGUACAGAUUCUGAGAAACUUGAGGUUGAAGUGGAUGAAACACAUAGAAGGGGUCGACCCUGAUAGGUAUUGUUGUAUGGAUAUGGUAACAGAUGUUGCAGAAGUUACUAAUGUUUUUAUGAGUGAUAGUUUAUCGAAUGUAAUAAUUGCUAUUACAGUUGAUAGGCUAAAUGAUAGUGGAAAACUUCCUAAAGUUGAUGACAACAAACCUAAUGCUGAAAAUGAUGACAAGGAUGCAAAUAGGCAUGAAGUUGAUGAUGUGGAUGAUGACUGGAUAGUUGAUGGUGAUGAUGCCCCCAAUGUUAGUUAUGAGUAUAAUGAUGAUACCAUCAACACACAAUUAGAUGAAAACAGUGACGAUGUGUUUUCAGAUUAUCAAUCAGGGGUGAAAGAUAUGUUAGUAGUACAGAUUCUGAGAAACUUGAGGUUGAAGUGGAUGAAACACAUAGAAGGGGUAGGAAAAGAAAUGGCUCUUGAUGGGAAUAAAGGUUUGUUUCCAGUGGUGUAUGGAGUGAUUGAAAGUGAAAGGACAAAAAGUUGGGAUGGUUUCUUCAAAAUCUACAUGGUGUCAUUGGAGCAGCUCAUAGGACCAAAUCUUGGACCUUUAUCUCAGACAACCAGAAGGUAUGCUUCUAACUUGUAA